ACGGGGACAAGAAGGGGCCGGAAGGGGGUGGCCGCCGGUCCGGCCCCGCCCCGGGGCCGCCUCCCCGCGGGUUCUGUUGGCCGUGGCGGCAGCUGAAGCUCUGGCGGCGGUGGCCGCGGGGUGGGCGUAAGAUGGCGACAGUGGCGGCGGGAGCCCUGGGCCUGCUGUGGGGCUGGCUGUGGAGCGAGCGCUUCUGGCUGCCCCAGAACGUGAGCUGGGCCGACCUCGAGGGGCCAGGCGACGGCUACGGCUACCCGCGGGCCCGGCACAUCCUCUCGGUGUUCCCGCUGGCGGCGGGCGUGUUCUCCGUGAGACUGCUCUUCGAGCGGUUUAUUGCCAAACCCUGUGCACUCCAUGUUGGCAUCCAGGACAGUGGUCCUUAUCAGGCCCAACCUAAUGCCAUCCUUGAAAAGGUGUUCAUAUCUGUUACCAAGUAUCCUGAUGAGAAAAGGCUGGAGGGCCUGUCAAAGCAACUGGACUGGGAUGUCCGAAAAAUCCAAUGCUGGUUUCGCCAUCGGAGGAAUCAGGACAAGCCCCCAACGCUCACUAAAUUCUGUGAAAGCAUGUGGAGAUUCACUUUUUAUUUAUGUAUAUUCUGCUAUGGAGUUAGAUUUCUCUGGUCGUCACCUUGGUUCUGGGACACCCGACAGUGCUGGCACACUUACCCUCAUCAGCCUCUCACAAAUGGGCUUUAUUACUAUUAUAUCAUGGAAUUGGCUUUCUAUUGGUCUCUUAUGUUUUCUCAGUUUACAGACAUUAAAAGAAAGGACUUCCUGAUUAUGUUUGUGCAUCACUUGGCCACCAUUGGGCUCAUUACCUUCUCCUACAUCAACAACAUGGUUCGAGUGGGAACUCUGGUCAUGUGCCUACAUGAUGCCUCAGACUUCUUGCUGGAGGCAGCCAAGCUGGCCAAUUAUGCCAAGUAUCAGCGUCUCUGUGACACCCUUUUUGUGAUCUUCAGUGCUAUUUUUGUGGUGACUCGUCUAGGAAUCUAUCCAUUCUGGAUUCUGAACACGACCCUCUUUGAGAGUUGGGAGAUGAUCGGGCCCUAUCCCUCCUGGUGGCUCUUCAAUGGCCUUCUCCUGAUCCUACAGGUUCUGCACGUCAUCUGGUCCUACCUAAUUGCACGAAUUGCUUUCAAAGCCUUGAUCCGAGGAAAGGUAUCUAAGGAUGAUCGCAGUGAUGUGGAGAGCAGCUCAGAAGAAGAAGAUAUGACCAGUAGCACAAAAGGCCCCUGUGGCCGCAGCUCCAGCAAUGGUGCCGGUCGGGUGAAUGGUCACAUGGGAGGCAGCUACUGGCUGAAGAGUAAGGUGGUUGGUAUGGGGACUUCAGCAUAGAUGGACUUGUAGGGCUGCUGGCAACCUACUCCUCUGGGCCUCCCCGCAUCUGCACUCCUGUGACUAGGGCGUGUGCAGGGCACUGAGGAGAAUCAAAGAAGCAAAUAUUUUCACUUUUUUUAAAAAAACUCUGCCAUUUUGUAUUUAAUAGCCUCCAGGUUCUUUCAGUAAUGUUAUUUGCUCUGUGUGUGCGCGUGCGUGUGUGCAUAUGUGUGCACAUGUGCAUAUGCAUUUGUGCAUAUGUGUGAGUUUCGUUGCCUAGGUUGGAGCACAAGCCUGGUCCCCUUUGAACCCACCUCAAUCCCAGAUUUGGCUGCAUCUUGAAUUAUGCUGGCUCCGGAGAGUCCCCUCCCUUGUUGCCCAUGGCUCUUGAAGCUCUGGCCAUCUGAAUGGAGCAGCUAAGUUCAGCUCCAGGUUUCUGCACUGUUCCUCUUUUGGAGAUGGAAUAUUUCACACAACGUUAUAUAGAAACAGACAACCAUGAAUGGAUGGCCAGGAUUGCUGUGGCCCCUAGCUAGGUCCCCUUCCUGCCACCUGGUAGUGAUGGACAGCUGCUGAUAGAUACCCUGCUCUUUAUUCAGUGGUACGCAGGGAGUGGGGGUGGUGGGAGGAGCAGGUGAGCUGAGGGCUGGAGGACAGCAGCCACUGGGUGAGUGUUAACGGUUUAUCCUAUUGUUUACUCUUCUGUGAUUAAAAGUGCUUCAACCCUCAUCUGCUGUCUCAA